AUGCAAUCUACUAAUGCAGACUGUUGUGUUCAAUGUUCUCAAGAUGACGAUUGUAAUGCUUUCACAUGGAUACGAGACUCGCAUGAAUGUUGGGUCCAUCGUAGUAUUGGUGAUGGUGGAAAUUUCAAUCUGACUACUUAUGCCGGACAUCGUCGAGAUGGCUUCAUUUGGGAUCGGCACUCGAACGGCAGUUUCAAUAACUCAAGUAUUAAUGAUGGUGAAGUACAAGAUUCGCUAGCUCGUAUCAAGCGUACGCGACGUGCAGGUAAACGAUGCAAAUAA